AUGAAGAUAUAUUUAUUUGGAUUCACUUUGUUAAUCAUAGCAAAUUCUGUAACCACAUUAAAUCUAUCAAAUUAUUCUUAAUGCUCAUGCAAAAAUGCAUUAUAAUAAUAAGAUUGUUUAACUGAUUAUUGCGAUUGGAAUCCAAAUGAAUCCACAUGCACAAACAAGCCUUGUUCAGGAUUCAAAGAAUAGGAUUGUUGGGGUGUUCCAGAUUCAUUUAAUUGCGUUUGGAAUUACACAUCUAAAAUAUGUGAAACAUAGACUAAAUGUUCUAAUUAUACAUACAAAAUGGAUGAAGGUUAUAGAUGUUAUGAUAUGAUAAAAUGUUAAGCUGAUGUUGAUUAAUAAGACACUAUAGCUGGAACUGUAAAAUGUAUGGAUAGAACACAUGAGACUGCUUUGAGUAUUGUAAGUUGUGAAAAAGUGCCUUAUGAAAGAUGUCGUUGGUUUAUAACUUCUAAUGGAAAACAAUGUGUAAAGAAUACAUAAACCUAAACUUGUUAAGAAACAUCAAUAACUCAAUGUUCUGAUUAUGCCACCGAAGAGGUUUGUAAUAUAUUUUCCUGUUACUGGAGUGAUACUUGCAAACCAUUGACUUGUUCUGCUAUUUAGAUUGUGGACGAUUGUACAUCAUUUUAUUCAAUUGAUGCAAAAUAAGUUACAAUUUGUAAAUGGAAUGCAGGUAAAUGUAUAGAUUUAGAUGUAACCACUUUAAUAUAAGCUGAAUGUUUGCCAUCUACUAUUUAUUCCUAUAUUUGGAAUCCAGAUACCAAAAAAUGUGAAAUUUGUUAAGAGGAGAGUUCAAGCUCAGCUUUAUUUUUUUAUGGAUCAAUCUUGUUGAUGACUAUAUUAAAUUGA